AUGGCUGAAGAAAAGUUUAUCGGAAUCUGUGCAUCUCCACUCUUUAUGUUCUCAUACUCGGACCCGGACAGUCCUAGUUCUCAAGCCAAUAUCCGUGAACUUUUAAACCUAACAGAAGAUCGGCCGGAGCUAAAUAUCAAUAAGAACCAGCGCUGUUCCUAUUAUUCUUCUCUAGGAUGCUUGAUGACUAUAUCUGAAGACUACAAGGUUAAUUUGUUGAACCCUUUGGAUCAUCAUCGUGCUCAAAUCAAGCUACCAGAUAUUAACAUGGUUAAAACUAGUGUUGAAGGGAUUAACUCUGGACUGAUGAGGUGGUAUGACGAUAUGAUUACCAAGUUUGUCUUAUCGUCGAACCCUUUUUCGUCACUGGAAUGCUUGGUUCUGGUAAGUUAUGCGACUGCCACAGUUACCGGUUGGGGGUUUUGCAGACUAGGAGAAGAUACAUGGACGUACGUAGCCUGGACUCCAAUACUCGAUUUAAUUUAUCACAACGGGCAGUUUUAUGCGAUGGACUGUAGUGGCAAAAUCUUGGUUUGUGAUGUUGAAGACCCAAAGCAACCAAAGACAACUAUUUUACUAUCAAAGAAGAUACCAAUGGUACCUAUGUAUGGGCAGACUACUAGUCAAAGCUUGUACAUGGUAGAAUCAGCAGGGGCCUUGUUGGUGGUUCUGCAAUCUAGGCCAAGAAUUGGAUCAAUUGAAACCACCAGGUUUAAGGUAUUUGAGGUGCCGUUCGGUAGAGACCAGGCGUGGGAGUGGUCAGAUUUGGAGGUAAAGAAUUUGGAGAAUAGAAGUCUAUUCUUGGGAUGUGAAAGUUCUUCAUUCUCUGUUGAUGGCUCAGACUACUGCUCUGCAGGAUGCAAAGCCAAUUGCAUAUACUUCAACACUAAAUGGUGGGAGUGGCUUUCAAUUCCAAAUUCAAACUUUGCUCCGGCUGUUUUUAUCUUUAACAUGGAAGAUGAAAAGGUGGAGCAACUUUCAGUACCUAAUAUUUUACAAGCCCCACUACCUACUUCAUGGAUACAACCACAACCACCAAGUUCAUAG